ACGGUCAUCCUCGACGUUCACCCUUGCUUUCUUUCGCCAUGUUCUUCCCCGCCGCGCGCAUGCGUAUCGGCGGCCUUUCAAGUGCCCUGCGCAGCGCGCCCACCGCCUUCGUUGCUAUCCGUCGUGCCCCCUACGCCCUGCGCGGCGCGUCCGUCCCCUCCUUGGCCGCGACGCGUGCGGUGUCGUCGACUGCGGCGGCUGACUCGGACCAGCCCCUGCGGAAACGGAAGACUACUGCACGCAAGACUACUACCGCGAAGACAGCGGGGAAGCCGAAGGCGGCGAAGAAACCCAAGAAGGAGCCCAAGCCCAAGAAGGAACCCAAACCCAAGAAAUUCGUGAUAAGGAAGGAUAUGCGCCCGCCGCAGCGGACUGCCCCGCGCGCGUUAUCGGUGUUUUUGCAGGAGAAGAUCCUGCGCGAGGGCGCGCCCAAGAGCAUGGAAGAGGCGAUGGCCUUGAUGAAGGAGACGGCUGCGCAAUUUAAGCAGCUUCCGGAGUCGGAGAAGUUGACAUACGCGACCACAGCGGCGAAGAUUGGCGAGGAGCGCGCGGCGCGGUAUGCGGAGUGGACGCAGCGGCCCGAUGCGCGCAAGAUUCUCGACGUGCUCAAUGCGCGGCGCAUCAAGCGGGGAGCAAGGCCACGCAAGCCGCCCGUGACGUUGCGCAGGCGGACGCCGCCGACGGCGUAUACGCUCUUCAUCAAGGAGUACGCGAGCAAGUCCGGGCGGCGCAACGGCCUCACAGACGCGGCGUCGCACUGGCGGACACUGUCGGAUAAGGAGAAGGCGGAGUGGACGGAGCGCGCGGCGGUGGAGAGGGCGAAGUGGGAAAAGGAGAUGAUGGAGGCCCUCUAGGAGACGGGUCAUAGUGCUUGAGGGUGCGGGUCCCAACACUACGUCUUGCUUGGGCCAGAGCCUGGUGGGUACGUACGAGCUACUUCUUCAGGCCUUCCUACUUUUCACGACAGGCUCCCUUCCUGUGCAGCUCGCGGAAUAGUGGUUGCAGCUCGUUCUCAGACCUUGUCGCUUCGUUUUGCUUCCCACAUUACAUGGUUCUGUGUAAUUAUAUCCGACUCUUGGUCAUGAUCAUAUCUUCCUUCUCGCGCCUC